AUGCACGGACCGGCUCUGGAGACGCAAGGUCGUAUAUUUAUCUGUGGUGAUUUUAAUAGUCGCGUUGGAGAACUAGAUGAUCAUAUUGCUGGUAUUGAUCAGAUUCCUAGUCGAGAUGUAAAAGACUAUACUGUAAAUGCAUAUGGUGAAAUUUUGAUUGAUUUCUUGAUUAACUCUAAUUUCUGUAUUUUGAAUGGUAGAAAUUUUACAAAAAAUGAUUUUACGUCUGUUUCGGUGAAAGGAGCGUCGGUUGUUGAUUAUUGUCUAGUGCCACAUGACAGUAUGGACCAUUUUUCAGAUUUCUGUGUUACACUUACGUCAGAUGUUAUCAAUAAUUGUAAGAAUAUUAUUAAAUUUGCUCCGUCGUCGAUACCUGACCACUCACUUUUAUCCUGGAAUAUAUUAUGCAAUAUCACACGUAAAAAAACUGAACAUUUUGGUAAUACUAGUGAUUCUUAUGAUAAAUUUGACAGAAGCUAUUUUAGUAAUGAUUUUUUGUGUAAUAGUGAUAUUCUGUCAGAGGUAAAUAGUACGAUUGAUACAUUGGAACAAGGUAUGCGCACACAAAAUGACGUAAAUAUAGCCUAUGACAAAUGGUGUGAAAUUGUUAAAAAUGCUAUGUAUGAAAAUGUACCUUAUAAAUCUAUAAAGAUAGGACCUGGCACGGGUUCUAAAAAACGUCGUCCAGGUAAACCUUGGUGGACGGAUAAUCUUAGUGAUCUGUGGUGUAAAUUGUCAAUUGCAGAAAAGCAGUGGUUGCAAUGUUAUAAUAGAGCUGAUAGAGUUUCUUUUAAAGCUAAAUAUGCUAGUAUCCGUAAAGAGUUUGAUGCAGAAGUCCAAAGGGCUAAGGGCCGUCAUUGUUACAACCUUCAGAAGGAUAUAUUAAAUGAAUGUAAUGUUGAUCGUUCUAGUUUCUGGAAAUCUGUUGGUAGAAUUGGUAUAACUCAAGCUAACAAGAAAAUAAUUCCUGAUGAAGUUGUUCUGGCUGACGGCUCUGUGUCCGCGGAUCCUAGUGAUGUUUUACUUAAAUGGAAAAUAGAAUUUAGUAAUUUGUUUAAUAAUCCAAAUGUAUCUUGUGAUAACAGGUAUAAUAUUGUAAAUGGUGAUUAUGAUACACUAAGUUUUAACAGUGAUAUUUCUGUUUUGGAAGUCAAAAAAGUUAUUGAUGAAGGUAAACUUGGAAAAACAAAUGGUAUAGAUGGAAUACCCACUGAAGCCUUAAAGAAUGACACUGCUGUUAUGUUUAUGCACGCUCUGUUUAAUGUAUGUUUUAAAAGUGGUACUAUUCCAAAUAUUUGGGGUAAAAAUGUCAUUAACCCAAUUCCUAAGUCCGCAAGUAUGGAUCCAAGGAACCCAUUAUCAUAUAGGGGAAUUUCUUUAACUUGUUCUGUUUAUAAACUCUAUUGUGCUAUAUUAAAUAAUAGACUAAGUAACUGGGCUGAAAAUCGAGAUGUCAUUGUUGACGAACAGAAUGGGUUUAGAAAGAAAAGAAGCACUAUUGAUCAUUUAUUUACGCUAACAAAUAUAAUUGAUACUAGGAAAAAACGUAAACAGUCUACAUUUGCUGCUUUUAUUGAUUUUAAAAAGGCAUAUGAUUAUAUAAAUAGAGAUUUACUAUGGAAAAAAUUGUAUGACAUAGGUAUAAAAGGUAAAAUGUUAGGUGCUGUACAAUCUUUGUAUGAUUCUGUAUAUUCAUGUGUAAGAAUUAACUCUAAACAUACUGAUUGGUUUACUGUUAAGUCUGGAUUACGUCAAGGCUGUAUAUUAUCUCCCCUUUUGUUUAAUUUAUAUAUAAAUGAUCUUGCUGUUUACCUGAAAUCUCUUGAUAUUGGUGUUGACUAUGGAUCUGAUAAAAUAUGUAUGUUACUUUAUGCAGAUGAUAUUGUCUUGUUGGCAAAAGAUGAGAAAGAUUUACAAUGUUUAUUAAAUGCACUUAACAACUGGUGUAGCACCAACGAUAUGUUUAUAAAUAGUAGUAAAAGUCAAAUUGUCCAUUUUAGACCUUUAUCUGUAUGUAGAACAUCGUUCAGUUUUAUAUGUGGUGUUCACACACUUAAUAUCGUUGAUAGAUAUAUGUAUUUAGGAUUAAUGUUGCAAGAGCACUUAGAUUUCAAUGUUACUGCAAAGGUUGUAGCUCAAAGUGCAAGUCGGGCUCUUGGCCUUCUUAUUGCUAAAUGUAAAUCGUCUGGUGGUCUUCCGUACGAUGUAUUUACCCACCUAUAUGAUUCUACUGUUUGGCCAACAAUCAGUUAUGGUUCUGCUAUCUGGGGUUAUCGCUCUUACUCGUGCGUUAACGCAGUGCAGUUUCGCGCUAUGCGUUUCUUUUUAGGUGUCGGUAGAUAUACGCCUAACGUCGCGGUUUCCGGUGAAAUGGGAUGGAUAUCCCCAGAAAUCAGACAGUGGAAAUCCAUUGCUAUUCAUUUAUCUAGAGUCUCUUAUAUGCUUGAUUGUAGAGUAAACAAACGAGUUGCACUUUGUAUUGCAUCUGCAGCAAUUAAAUCAUGUUAG